GUGCAAUUUCCAAAACAACACCGUUCCAAGCCGUAAAUGACAGUCACAUUUGCGCGCCAAACGGCAGAUGGUUGUGUCAAUGUGACUUUUCUGUAGAAUAUCCACAACGAACUGCCAAAAUAGAUUCGGAUAAUUUUAUGAGUUAUCUACGACUGACUGUGUAUAAGAAAUUGAAAUGAGCAAUUCCAUAAGUUUAUUUUUUCUGUAUGAUAUCUCAAACAAAACCCGUACAUUGAACAAAUUAUACUUGUUUGACAAUGUUCGAUAGCAUUAUGACAGCAAAUCAGAAAUUGUUGUCAAACCUUGUGUAUAACCAGCAGAACAUCAAGGCGCGCAAAUUCUCGCUUGACAGCGGAGUGGAAUACAUUUUCUUAAAAAUAACAACACACAACAUGAGCGAAGUAUCUCGAUUAAAAUCGCAAAUAACUACUCGUUUCUCUCUCGGAGGGUUCCAGAUCAGAAGUGAAGCAAGCACAUUCCUAGCCCAACAACUACAGCCGCUUGAUGAGACGGAACGUAAGAAAUGGAUUACGAAUGUGGCAAAUCAUGUGCAAGGCCAGUGUUUGGGCCUUCCUGUAGUUGAAAAGCAACAUAUAGAACUGGCUAUUAAGGAAGCAAACAAUACGGGCUUAGAAGAUACGGAGACGAUAUUUAGGGUCAUCAGUGCAUUCGAUGUGCCUUCGUUCGUGUACUGUGAGGAGAAAAAGAAAUUUCUUCCAGACACGUGUAAGAAAAGUUUACUGGCGGUUCCGGAUGCAAAGUCACACUACAUUCGCGAACGCUAUUGGCUGCUGUGGCAAAAGACAUGUCGCCACGAAACGUUUUCCCGAUGGAUGGCACCAGGUACGGAUGAGAUGGGGAAGAAGAAUAGAUUGACACUGCGUAAAGUGGAAAAUAUUCUUUCAACGUCUAUGAUGAAGGACGUCGUGCUUUUGGGACUGUUGACGCAGCUCACGGAAGGUCGCUAUUAUCUGGAAGAUCCUACAGGGUCCGUGCCGAUUGAUAUCAACACGGCUAACUUCUCGUCCGGUUUGUUUUGUGAGGGAAGUUUUCUGCUUGCACAUGGCAAAUAUUGCGACGGUAUUUUGAAGGUGGAUGAGGUUGGAUUCCCGUUUCCUGAGCUUGGCGUGAAUAGUAGAGCCUUUUUUGGAUCCGUUAACAGUUGGGGAGGACCUUCGAAAACGCUUUUGAAGCACUCUCGAAAUUUGGCUGAGCUGGAGAAGGCUAAUGUUGAGCACAGUAUAGUAUUUUUAUCGGAUUGUUGGUUGGACAAUCCGGUGGUAAUGGACAAACUGAAUCACUUGUUCAGAGGGUACGACGAAUUUCCUCCCGUCGCUAUAGUUUUAAUGGGACCGUUCGCAAAAGCGAACGAGAAUGUGUACUCGUUGAAAAACCUUUUCCUAAAGCUCGGUGAAAUGUUGUCGGAGUGUGAGAAGCUCAUUUCACAAACGGAUUUAGUUAUAGUGCCAUCCAUCGAUGAUCCUGCUGCGGCGAAUAUUUUACCCCGGCCGCCAAUACCAUAUGCAUUAACAGAGGAAUUAAAAAAACGAUUCCCUAGAACCAUUUUAACAACAAAUCCCUGUCGCUUGCAAUACUGUACGCAACAAAUCGUAGUGUGUCGCGCCGAUUUAGUUACCAAGCUGUGUCGCAAUACUAUACAUUUUCCCAAAGAAGGGCUGUUGGAGGAGCAUUUUGCUCGGACGAUUAUACAUCAAAGUACCAUAGCGCCGCUUACUCCCAUUGCAUUCCCAACUCACUGGAACUACGACGCAGCACUGUCUCUUUAUCCGUUGCCGGAUCUAAUCGUUAUCGGCGAUCCAUGUCAAGGGUUUCACACCACCGAGCAAGACUGUACGGUGAUGAACGUAGGUUCCUUUCCAAAAUCGAAGUUUGCAUUUAAAGUGUACUAUCCUUCCAGUAAAACGGUUGAAGACUCACAAAUACCGGAUGAAGAGUAAGCGUAGGGUAGUUUUCUUAAAUAAUGUUGUCUAAUGAAAAUAUAUUUAAACCAUUUUAGAACCUUCGA